CCUCGGCAAAGCAAGUUCUCCUCAGCGGAGCCCAGCGCAGCCCGGGCACAUGGUCGCGAGGACUUGGCCGCGGCGGUAGCCCUCGCCUUCGAAGGCCGGCGCGUGGAUUAAAGGCGGCGGAGGAGAAGGAGGAGGAGGAGGAAGCGUCGCGCUGAGGGGAAGGCGGAAGGGACGAGGGAAGGUCACCUCUCUCGGCAGGAAGAAGAAGAAAAAAUGAAGCUGGGCAAGGUGGAAUUCUGCCAUUUUUUACAGAUAAUAGCUCUUUUUCUCUGUCUAUCUGGGAUGAGUCAAACCGAACUCUCAAGUUCAAGAUCAAAACCCUAUUUCCAAUCUGGGAGAUCACGAACCAAGCGCAGUUGGGUAUGGAAUCAGUUCUUUGUACUGGAGGAAUACAUGGGAACCGAUCCUCUCUAUGUGGGAAAGCUUCACUCUGAUGUUGAUAAAGGAGAUGGCUCCAUCAAAUACAUCUUGUCAGGAGAAGGGGCAAGUUCCAUUUUCAUUAUUGAUGAGAACACAGGGGAUAUUCAUGCUACAAAGAGGCUUGAUCGGGAGGAACAGGCCUACUACACGCUCCGAGCACAAGCACUGGAUAGACUGACAAAUAAACCCGUGGAGCCUGAGUCAGAAUUCGUCAUUAAGAUUCAGGACAUCAAUGACAAUGAACCUAAAUUUCUAGAUGGUCCUUACACAGCUGGGGUACCAGAAAUGUCUCCUGUGGGAACCUCGGUGGUGCAAGUGACAGCAACGGAUGCAGAUGACCCUACAUAUGGCAACAGUGCCAGAGUGGUUUACAGCAUUCUUCAAGGGCAGCCUUACUUUUCUGUAGAACCCAAAACAGGUAUCAUCAAAACAGCACUUCCAAACAUGGACCGAGAAGCAAAAGACCAGUACCUACUUGUCAUACAAGCAAAAGAUAUGGUGGGUCAAAAUGGAGGUCUCUCUGGGACCACUUCUGUCACUGUCACCCUUACAGAUGUCAACGAUAAUCCUCCUCGCUUUCCCAGAAGAUCCUAUCAAUAUAAUGUCCCAGAAUCACUACCUGUGGCAUCAGUGGUGGCAAGACUAAAGGCCGCAGAUGCUGAUAUGGGACCUAAUGCUGAAAUGGAAUAUAAGAUUGUGGACGGUGAUGGCUUGGGAGUGUUCAAAAUUUUAGUGGACAAAGAAACACAAGAAGGAAUCAUUACAAUACAGAAGGAGUUGGAUUAUGAGGCCAAGGCAAGUUAUACCUUGAGAAUAGAAGCAGCAAAUAAGCAAGUUGAUCCUCGCUUUCUCAGCCUCGGGCCAUUCAGUGAUAUGACAACAGUGAAGAUUAUUGUGGAGGAUGUAGAUGAACCACCUGUAUUUACCUCACGAUUAUACACCAUGGUAGUGUCUGAAGCAGCCAAAGUGGGCACCAUCAUUGGAACUGUAGCAGCCCAUGAUCCAGAUGCAUCUAACAGUCCUGUCAGGUACUCAAUAGAUCGAAACACAGACCUAGAGAGAUAUUUCAACAUUGAUGCCAACACUGGAGUCAUUACCACUGCAAAGCCCUUGGAUAGGGAAACAAAUGCUGUGCACAAUAUUACUGUCUUGGCUAUGGAAAGUCAAAACCCUUCACAAAUUGGGAGAGGAUAUGUAGCCAUCACUAUUCUUGACAUCAAUGACAAUGCUCCAGAGUUUGCCAUGGAUUAUGAAACUACUGUCUGUGAAAAUGCAGAACCUGGGCAGGUAAUUCAAAGAAUAAGUGCUGUUGACAAAGAUGAUCCUCCUAGCGGCCACCAGUUUUCUUUCAGUUUGGCAGGAGAGGCGGCAAAUAACCACAAUUUUACAUUGCAAGAUAAUAAAGACAACACAGCAUCUGUACUAACCAGGAGAAAUGGAUUUCGAAGGCAGGAGCAAUCGGUUUACUAUUUGCCAGUCUUCAUUGUGGACAGUGGCUCUCCAUCAUUGAGUAGCACCAACACACUCACCAUCCGAGUCUGUGAUUGUGAUGCAGAUGGCAUUGCCCAAACAUGUAAUGCAGAAGCCUACAUACUUCCAGCAGGACUUAGCACUGGAGCACUUAUAGCAAUCCUGGCUUGCGUUCUAACAUUGCUAGUUCUUGUCCUGCUGAUUGUCACAAUGAGACGACGGAAAAAAGAACCCCUUGUGUUUGAUGAAGAGAGAGAUAUCAGGGAGAACAUUGUCAGAUACGACGAUGAAGGCGGUGGAGAAGAAGACACAGAAGCCUUUGACAUGGCUGCCUUGAGGAACCUCAACAUUAUUCGAGAUACCAAGACGAGGAGGGAUGUGACUCCAGAAAUCCAAUUCCUGAGUAGACCAUCAUUUAAAAGCAUUCCAGAUAAUGUCAUUUUUCGGGAAUUUAUUUGGGAAAGACUAAAAGAGGCUGAUGUGGAUCCCUGUGCUCCACCAUAUGAUUCCCUGCAGACAUAUGCAUUUGAAGGAAAUGGUUCUGUAGCUGAGUCACUCAGCUCCUUAGAUUCUAUCAGUUCAAACUCUGAUCAGAAUUACGAUUACCUCAGUGACUGGGGCCCCCGUUUUAAACGGCUUGCAGACAUGUAUGGAACUGGACCAGAAAAUUUGUAUUCAUAGCCUUUGAACCUUUCUACGACAAUGCACUAAAGAUAAAGAAAAGAAAAAAACUCAAUAUAUGAACUAAGGAAAAUCUGUAAAUAUUUCUCCAUUUUUAACCUUUUGGGUUUUUUUGCCUUGGUGAAGCAUACCUUCAUUAGAACUUUGUCCUAGGGACUGCACUGAACAUACAUAUCCUGGGUAUCUAAUGGCAUUUUUAGUAACAUUAAGAUGCUCAGCCAUGUGCAAAUAGAUAGCAACCCUCAGAUACCUGCAGAGGCAACUAACCUUUAAGAGUAAGUAGUGCACUGUGACCUCACUGAGCCAAUGAUAUCCUGUAGAUGCCUUCACAGUACUGCUAGGAUUAGACUGCAGAGUCUGCUUAGUGAGAAGGGAGAUGAAAACAUUCACCACCUAACAAUAAUAAUACAGUAUAUUGUAUACAGAAGAUAAGGCUUUUAUUUACAGUACUGCAUGCAGUUUGCUGGCUCAAAACAUGUCAAAUGCAAUGACUUUAAAAUAUUUGGUUUUAAAAGCCAAUUACUGGCAAAAAGCCUUUGUAAAUAGCUGGAUAAAUCUGGAAAAAAAGUCUGAAUUCAAAUAAUGCAACAUAUGCCAUUGCCUUAUCAAAAUCGUUUUAAGGAUAUGUCAGAAAGCCGGGAAAGAUUCCUGCAGUUUUGAUGCCUGUGUAGGUAUGGGGAGAAGUUGCUGUCUAUUUUUAGUUUCUUUUUUAAUUGUUAUAAUUAUUAUCUCUUCUGAUUAGUACAGGAGAGAUUAUGCUUUCUUGCUUUUUUAAAAAAUAAAAUGUUGACAUGUAGAGGUAUGUUUAUUUGGGACCUCCAAUCUCCACCAUGUUCAGGUUUAUUAUAUUGCAUCAUGGUAUUAGAUGCUUGAGAACAUGCUGUUUUUCCUCCAGUCUCAGCUACACGAAGGAAAUGAAGCAUGGAAAUAGAGAAAUUACAGUGAAGCAAUUGAGCCUGUCGUUCAUCUCUCUGAGAGGAACACUGCUACAAGGACACACCGCUGUCAUUGUUCUUCUGAGCCAUUAUAAUGUCUGAGGUUUUGAAUAAAACGUUUAUACUUUGCAUUUUCAAAAGGUGACUACAGAGGCAGCCAGAGGUGUCUGUAACAGAAGUUGUAGUUUUCAAGGUCAUCCAUUCUAUGUGCUCCAGUGAUUUAAACAAACCUGCUCCUUCCAUGAAGCUCCCUACCUCUUUUGCUGCUGUGGAAUCACAGCAAAGGACUCUUUUACAUUUCUUUCAUAUGUUAAGCAGUGUGAUGUGAUUAGCACCAGAAUCCGUCUUCAGAUCCUGACGCACAUGAGUAUUUCCCCCCAGGGAGCUAACUUCAUAACAUUAUUUCUAUGCUGGUUCAGGUGUACCAAACUCAGACAAUUGCAGUCAGUUAAAAUAAUGUUGGAUUUUUUGAAGUAGGAUUUCUUAGACUAUGACAAGUUUUUUAUGAUUCAGGCAAUAUUGAUAUUUUAGCUGCCCUGAUUUAUUACUAGAAAGUAAGACAUGAAUUCAAGUAGAAUAGAACUUUAUUUUAAUAGUCUUUUCCUAUUUUAUUCUUUUGCUCUCUGUCUGUCUGAAGACUGCUUGUUGAGUGAAUACAAAUGAAUUCUGAAAAUACAUAUCACAUGUUUGGUCAUAAAGCCUUUACAGUGGCUAGAUAAGAAAAAAGAAAGUCUUGAAACCUAGUCUUGUUUGCAGGAGUACAUCUAAAUCUCAAAAAAGCAAGGCCCCUGUAGACCACAGGUUCUCAGAUGUUAUCAUGAGCUCCCUGAGUUAAGAAGCUAGUGGUCUGUCCUUACUCAAACUGGUUUACUGACCCAAAAUUCAGUAGAUGACCCUGUCCCUUGCAUCUAAUGAAAAGCAAUGACAUGAAAUGACCACUGGAGCUCUUAAUGUGCUUUGAAGCACCAUGAAGUGGUGAACCUUACUUCAAAAUAGCCUCCUUUAUGAAAAAGCCAUUAGCCAACACAGCUUUCUAGCUAAUUAACUGGAUGUUAACUAGAUCUCAGAUGCAUACUCUGAUGAAGGAGGGAGUGGGCACGCACAAAGUGAAUCAGGAAGUUUGUGCCUUCUAUAGCAACUGUCAACACCACCAUGUAGAGGACUACCUUACAUUUUCAGAACUCAGGCCACAGAAGGUAAUAUUUAUUGUGAUAAUAAUUUUUAUGAAAAAGGACUCUAGUGAUGAAAUCUAGGAGAGGGAAAUUACUAAGUCUCUCAAAUUCUUGCAACUCAGCAUUAUGAACUACAUGAAAGUGGCCUUCAGCUUCAUCAAAGGAAUAAAAUGUGAUCAUGCACAACAUCUUUGAUAACUUUUUGUAGACAAUCAUUGUUUCAUUAGAUUUGCUUCUAGUUGUAUUUUAUAUAUGCAUUCUAUAUAUGUAUGCACACACAUACACAUAUAUAUGACUGAUUUUAUAACAGAACUCAAAGAUAUUGCCCUUAAUCACUUAUGUAAGAAAAAGAAAAUCCUGUGAAUUCAUAUGAAACUCAAUAAGCCUUUGAGAUGCAGGAGUUAUGUAAAUGUGAUGCAAGUAGAAAUCGGAGAUUUUUUGUGGACGAAUCUCCUUUUCCCCCCCAGCAUACUACUGUAAUUCAAGGCCAGGAUCCAAAGACAUGAUUAUUCUGCCAGACGAAGGAAACAUUUGUCUUCUAUUGCUGAAAUGCUACUUCCUCAUGCCACGUAUAAACAGCUGGAAUUCAGAAGACUGUCAGGCUGAUUGCUGAUAUGACAUUUUCCCAAUAAAAUGUCUCUAGAUAUUUUAGGUACUACUAAAGGACCUCUGUGGAUCCUGGUCUAAAUUGUUGCAUUAGAUGUUCUCAUAGCCCACUCAUAAUAGACAGAUGUAUAUGUGCAAAUAUGCCUUUUAUUUUUUUUCUUUUAUAUAAAAUUGUACACUGUCAGUUUUCUUAUAAAAAUGAGAUCAUUA